UUGGAGAGACUGAGAGAGACACACCACCCAUUCGUUUCCUCCCCCUAAACUGUCCACACACUGCACUUGCUGCCUCUUCCAGCUUCUGUCUUUAGUUUACCAAAGAUCCCUGCACUGACUGAUAUUGCUCGUAAUGUGGUGCAGUAGAACAGCGCUCGGGAGACUGCAGAAGAUCGCCCCGUGUACCGUCUCCGGAUUUCAUCGCGCGAUGUCCACGUUACCCAAAGUUUAUGUGACGCGCAAGGUGCCGCCGGACGGACUGGACAUUCUCCGCAAAUCCGGACAGGUGCAGUUUGAGAUGUGGGACUCUGAUGACCCUGUGCCCCGAGUGGAGCUGCUGAAGAAGGUCAAAGGUUGCGAUGGAAUACUGUGUGUACUCACAGAGAAGAUUGAUGCACAGCUAUUGAACGCUGCAGGUCCAAAUCUAAAAGUCCUCAGCACCAUGUCAGUGGGCUUUGAUCAUCUUUCUCUGGAUGAACUCAAGAAAAGGGGUAUCCGUGUAGGAUAUACUCCGGAUGUACUGACUGACGCUGUGGCUGAACUGACUGUUGCCCUGUUACUCGCUACAUCCAGAAGACUCAUUGAGGCCACACAUGAGGCUAAAACGGGUGGCUGGGGUACUUGGAGAACUUUAUGGCUGUGCGGUCAUGAACUAGCAAACAGCACAGUUGGCAUUUUGGGACUUGGGAGGAUUGGUGUGGCUAUCGCCGAGCGUCUGAAGCCAUUUAAGGUGAAGAAGUUCAUCUACACAGAUGUAGAGCCGAGACCUGAGCUCGCAAAAAUGAUAGAGGCAGAAUAUGUCUCUUUAGAUGAGUUGGCCAAGCAGUCUGAUUUCCUGGCCAUAUGCUGUGCUCUGACUCCAGAGACUCAUGGGAUCUGCAAUUGGAAUCUCUUCUCCAAGAUGAAGAAAAAUGCCAUCUUCAUCAAUACAAGCAGAGGGGGAGUGGUCAAUCAGGAAGAUCUGUAUGAAGCCCUGUCCACCGGUCUGAUUGCUGGAGCCGGGCUUGAUGUCACCACACCUGAACCGCUGCCCACACACCAUCCUCUUUUCACACUCAAAAACUGUGUGAUUCUUCCCCACAUUGCCAGUGCUUCCUACACGACACGGAACGCCAUGUCUGCUCUUGCUGCCAAUAACCUGCUCGCUGGACUAAGAGGAGAACCCAUGCCUAAAGAACUUAAACUGUAGAAAGAGACGCCAUAGAACCAGUUAAGGGAAUAGUUCUUGCCAGAAUGAAAAUUGCGUCUUUAUUUACUCGCCUUCCUGUUGUUCCAAACCUGUAUGACGUCUUUUUCCAAGGAAUUUUUUAAAAAUCUUCAUACAGCUCUUUUCUAAACAACAGUUUACAGUGACCACAGCUCCAAAAAAGGCCACAUUAAUUACUUUCAUAUAUAAAAUUGGCCAAUAACUAAUAUGCCAAUAUACUGUGCAUCCCUACAAAAAAGCACCACAAAUUUAGCCCAUAAAUGUCAUAAGUAGGGCAUAAAUGUCAUUUAAAUAAUAAGCUAACUGGACAUAGUUUACUAGACAUAACAUAACUGGACAUAACAGCAUGUGUUAAGUAUAUAGAGACAGAAUUGUCAUUUUGUGUGAACUUUCCCUUUAAAAUAAAUGCAGAACCCACGUUUGUGUUCUAACAUCAAAAGACCAGUGUUUGCGAGUAUACAGACAAGGUUCACAGUCUGAGAUCAAUGAUCUACAAAGAGCAAACUCAGCAAAGACCAGCAAGGUCCAUACAAGUCAUAUGGUUCUUAAAUAUGUUGCAAGUUUAGUACUUUUUAGUCUUCCCUUUUCAAACCGGACAAAAACAAACACAUUAAUGAAAAGACAGAGAGAAUGUCUAGUAUUCUUCAUGAUUUUAUUUACUUAAUUUUUUUAAACCAGUAGAAAAAAGGAGUGUUCUAACAAUGUGCGAUUAAUAGCCAUUACACAAACUCACAUUAAUUCCUUCACUUUUGGCAUCUCUAGAUCUGAAGAAAAAAAAAAUCAUUGUGAUUUGUGAUUCAAUUAAUUUAAAGAAACCGUCCUCUUUGACUACUGUUACAGAUAACACAUGAUAUGUACAUACAUUUAAGGUCAUCUUCUUUGUGACAAUUAAUGUGUAAAUUGAAAAUUUAAACUGGUUUUGAAUUUCUGAUAUUUCCAGUAUAUUUUGAUUAUACUAGAAAUGAUGUAACAGAACUGUUGCAUAAACACUCAUGUUUUAAGAUUCAUGUAAAAAAAAAAAAAAAAAAAAAUCAAUAAUUUGAAAAAAUAAAAGUACAGUAAUU